AGGAAAAUGCUGUUGAUUGCGUUCCUGUGUCUCUCAACAUUACUGCACCUGUCUGUUGCAAAUGUAAGUAAAACACUAUUCUUUUCAAUCACACCCUGACCUUGUAAUACCACAGACCUCCCAUUAACAUUCCAUUCACAAUCUCAGAUUGACAAAGUUUCCUACAAAACUUUUAUUAUUUAAUCACAAGUCUGUGACCUCUGGGAUUGCACACUAACUGGUCCAGGAUUACUAUUAAGCUGAGUAGGCAACUACAUACUGCUUGUGUGAUAGAAGCAUGGUAGGUUACUGCCUAGUCACUGCAGCUUCCACUGCUGCACUACUAGCAGUGAGUUCAAGCAGUUAUUACUAAUGGGCAGGUAAGUGUCUCCACUGUUACAACCAGAGUGAAAUCCCUCUGAUAUGGCUGUAAAAGGCCAUGUACAAUGCAUAACACCUGCUGUGGGACUGAAUAAAAAUUGGGCCCAAAUGCUUUUUUUUUGUUUUAUUCUUUUUUUUUUUAAUUUAUUUGUUAAUAUUCAUUGUUCAAGUUCAGUAGGUAGAGACAUUUGCAAGUAACCAUGCAAAGGCUAGUUACAAACUUCUCAAGGUCUAAGAUUGAAUAGACACCAUACUUCCUGUUUGAGUGAACAAAUGAGAUGCUUGUUAAAUGUCUCUUUUUAAAAUCAAUUUAGACUCUUUCCAAACUCAAAGUACUUAAUUUUAAGCUCUCAUUACAUUAGUUUAAUUUCAUUGUUUUCAGAAGAAAAAUAUAGUCAUAUAAAUUGAAGAUUAAUUAAAUGUUGCAUUAAUUUUAAGGAUGAAGCCAUACUACCAAAUUGGCCAUAUAAACGAAUAAACAUGAGGAGCAGAAGUGCAUUACCCACAGAAUCUACUGGGAGACCAGUUACAAUUCCUAAAGAAAACAUUGACAAAAUGGUGAGUAUCAAAAUGCUUACCACUUACACCAUGAUUACAGGAUAAUAGUAAGGAAUUGGCCAGGGAAUCAAUAUAGUGUACAAAUUAGUCAAAUUGGAAAAAUCUACAUCUCAGCUAUUUUCCGUUGAAGAUAUUUAGGCCUACACUUUCAACUCAUUGGCCUAUUUCAGACAAUUGUUAGCUGAUACAAUAACCUUGCUUAUUCCCCAAAUACUAGAUUAUAGUGAAUUUCCAACUGUAGGCAAAAAUAGGCAAGUCAUAAUUACAGCUGAUUUAUUUUUUCUUCAAAUCAACAAUUUUUACCUACAUUUUCAAUUUAUUGCAUUUUGAUGUUGUGCAAAAAUACCAAAGUAAGUUGUCCUGCUAGGUGUAUUAUAUUUCCUUCUCAUUCAUGCAUUCGUAGAGCUAUAUUCAAGAAUUGUGGAAAAACCAAAAUUCAUAAAAUUCCAGGAUUAUUUUCUGACAUUUGAUUUGGAAUUAAAAUUGAAGUCUAAAUUGUAGGCAAAACAAAAAAUGUAAAAAUUUUGUGUGAGCUUUACCAGUUUGGUUACAAUUACAAUUAAAACAAUUACAUUGGAUAUUUGACAAUUCACCUUUAGCGAAUUACCUUUAUUGUCCUAAUUUAGAAUAUAAUUUAUAUUGGUUAACUUUUGUAUUAAAAUGUAUUAACCAGUACAUGUAAAGUAUGGUAGUUUUAUUUUGAAUAGCUAAAUGGAAACGAAAAAUGGCAUACAUUUUUUCUCACCUACUGAACAAAAAUGCACCUUUCCAUGGAGCAUAUUCUCUACAACUGUUAUACUUAAAAGCUAUGUAAUGAUAGACAGAAAGUACUGGAUGCUUAGUUUAAGUAUCUGUUAAACCAGAAAAUCCACACGUAAUAACAAGGGAUUAUAUCGCUUUGAAAAUGUUCUUAAUAGAACAUGAAAAUAGGGUGUGGCUUACCUUUCAUUAUGUAAGGCAUAUUUACAUUAAAUAAAAUGUAAUGCAUAGCUAAACUAACCAGAAUAAAUAUCUUAUUCACUACAACCUGUAGGUAGUUUUAAUUAAAAAAAAACAAAAAAAAACUUUCUAAUAUUUAUAUAAUUGCUGUAUAAAAUAUUUAAUUUUGGAGGCGUUCGGUAUAAUGAGAGAAUAAUUUAAUUUAUCACGGAUAAAUAUUUGUUUAUUGCUACAAAAGAAAAAUUGCCAUAUAUUAAGUAAUUAGUAGAUUUUGUUUUUAUAGCAUUAAUUUCAGCUAACUUGUAGGCACUACAGAUAAAUUUUUUUCUUAAUUUUUAUUUUUUUACAGGCCAAUGUACCAUUCUCUGCACUGUCAACAAGUAAUUCUGAUGUCAGGAAACUCAUUAUAGACACACAUAAUUACCUGAGAACAUUAGUUAAACCAUCUGCAAGCAACAUGUUAAAAAUGGUAAGAACAUCUUGCAUUUAAAUAUCCAUUUUAUCGGUCUGUCUAUCUAUAAUUUUUUUUUUCUAACAAGCAUGAUAAAAUGCAAAUUCAUAAACUGUAUGAAAAGGAAUACAUCAUAAUAUAAUUUUCUCUCCAUAUCUUUCUGAGCAUAUCAUUUACAGAAAAAUGGCUAAAUUAAUGGCAGUUAAUCAAAUAUUAUAAAUAGCAGCAUUUGCUUUGGAGUGUAACUCCCUCUAUUCUCCACAACAUUGCCACAACUUGUCCCUGGUUCAACUUACGAUGACAACAACCAGGAUACAAAAAUAUUUUUUUACUUUGUCACUUGAAGAAUCGUAAUAAUGAAUGAUUUUCUAAACUUGCAUUAAACCAAAAACAGUUGUUAAAGGGUUUCUCCAAGCACAACAACCACUUCAGUAAUUUUAAGUGGCUGUGGGGCCUGAAAUCAAUAUUAGCAGUAGCAAGCUUGCAGUGUUUAACCUUUUUGUUGUCAAAGGUGUAACCCCAUGUCUUUAGUCAUCCCAGAAUUCCUGGUGGGCUACUGUCUGUUCUAUACAGGUACUCUCUGCCAGUCUGAAUAGAGAAGGGAUCAGCAUCCAUCUUCUGCAGCUUUGCAGAUGAUGGAUGUACGUCAACAGAGCUAGAAGGACCCUCAGCGCCUAGUGUAAGAUACCAAAACAUUCUGCAACACUUUAUUCAAUUACCGGGGAACUAGACCAGGGUAUAGAGCAGGCUGCAGUCAUUAUGAUGCUUUAAGAAGAAACAUCUGUAAGUUGCUUGUUACAUUAGAGUCAAGGUAUAUCUCUACAACACAUUAGUUAACCAAAGGUUUUUCUCCUAUUCAAGUUUGUCCCUAAACACCAAAUCUCAGAUUGCAAAAUGUGGGCAAACAUGGCAGACUGGAAGAAUAAUCCAGUCACUUAUUGUCACAACUUGCAUGUUUUUGUAUAUUGAUUUUUAUUUAGUUUUUAUGGAAUUUAGUGAAUAAACCCUGAUGUGUUCUUAAAAAAAAAAAAUGUUGGUUGAAAUCUUGAUAUAGGAGAUGGAUAAAGGAGAAUCUCUAUUUGUUGCAUCAAACCCAUACACAUCAGUGGCAUUUGAUGUUUUUUUCUGCAAUGGAAAUUAAAGAUGUGACCUUUCAGUAUACUAUCUCAAUAACUUAUUCUUAACUUGUUCUCGAUUCCAGGUGUGGAAUGAUGCUGCAGCUCAGACAGCAGCAAGGUAUGCCAGCCAGUGCAUUGCUGGUCACAGUGCUCCAAAUCUCAGAACAAUCCCAAGUAAGUGACAAUAUUUCUUCAGUUAUAGAAUGAAUGUGAUGAAGCCAUCAGUGCUAGCAACUCUGAUAAAAACUAUGCAACCUUGAAGCAAAUGAUCAUGCAUUUCGGUUAUAGGGAUUUAGAAUAUGUAGAAGCUCUGAUGGGGAGUGAAUUUCACACUUGGAGAAAAAAAGGACUCUGCUCAGGCAGGAAACAUUAAAGAAUAAAUUCCUUAUGUUCAUCAGACUGACCUCUGUCAUUCACAAGGGAUCAGGCUGACAAGAAACACAAAAGCAGUUAAGGCAUGAAUUAGCCAUUCUUGGACUAACAAAAUAGUAUAAAAAUAAAGAAUCAUGAUGUGCUAUUGAGACCUAGAAAUACUGACUUUUACAGCAGAACAAGCUGACAAUUCUAUAUAAAAAAUACACAAAAAUAUUUUCAAAGUCUGUCAUAACAAAGGUCAUCAUCUCUAUGAAAGAUUAUUCAUGUAUUUAUAGCUUUGCUAUAUGAAGUGUCAUACUCGAAUGCAUAUAGCAAUAAAAUCUAACCAUUAACGUAUUAGGGGAUUCAUGUAAAAACUGACAUGCUGAGGUGGAAAAUGGAGAAUAAAAUUAUUUUAUUCCACAUUCCACAUUUUUCAGCUCAGAUAUCAACUCGAUAAAAGUUACGAACGCUUAAUUUCCAGAUAACCCAUCUAAGAAAAGAGAGAGAAAUAUGACAAUAUAUAUUCAUGAGAAUACAUUUUAUUUGUCAUGGUUAACAAGAUACAAUUCUCCAAGUUUGAUGUAUUCGGAGUUUGGUCAUUUGGGCCUAAAAUUUAAAAUUAAUUUUGAAUUUACUGCUAAUUUCCUGACAUUUCACAGAAUAAGGCUGCUUGUGUAGUUACUGAUGCAUUUAAGGAUAUAAAAAAUUAUAAACUUUUUUUUCUUGUGCAUUUUAGAUUUCAAUUGUGGUGAAAAUAUAUUUCUGUCAACAUUUAAAGCCUCUUGGGAUGAUGUGCUUAAAUCAUUUUAUAGUGAAGUUGUUGAUUUUAUAUAUGGGUAUGGACCAAGACUUCCAAAUAUACAGACUGGUCAUUAUACACAGGUAAGUCCUACCAUACAGAACAUAUAAUAUGUGUUUAAAGUGUACAUUAAAUACAAUUACAUAAAUAUAUACCUUGCAGUAGUGAUAUAGCAUUGACUAUGUUCACAUUAUACAGAGUUCUAUAAGUGGGUAAUGUAUUCUAAUGCAAGGUUGACCUGCAACAGUCACCUAGAACCUUGCCAUAAAAGCUCCUUGCGAAAGUCCAUCAUUUGGUAGACCUCUGCUCCUCGAAUAAAUCAAAGAGAUUUAAUUCCAGAAACCUUUAAUAUCCUUUGUAAUAUUAUGGAUCUUAUGAAAUUACAAGGAUAAGCCUGAUGGGGUGCAUUUUCCUAAACUAGUAACAUGACAUUUGCCAGCCAAUGAGAUACAUAUGCUGCAUAUGGGGUAAUUCUACAGGAACAUAUACUAAAGUGGAGAUAAUGGGAAACAAAUGUCUUUUUUUAAAUACAUUUUAACACAUCUCUCUCAUAUUAAAAGCAGAACUCAUUUAAUUAUAGACUUAAUUCUAAUAUUUAAUAUUUUUACAGCUUACAUGGGCCACCUCCUUUCAGGUUGGAUGCGCUGUUGCCCAGUGCUCAAAUGCUAAAUACACAUACAACUAUGUCUGCCAUUACUGUCCACCGUAAGUAUUAACUAAUAAUUUCUGUUGGUAAAAUCUUUGUCUUUUGUUUAUCUUUAUAAUCUCUUGGAAAUAAUCAUGUUGACUAAUUAUUAUUUAUGAUAAUUUUAGAGGAAACUUCAAUAGCUCAAUUGGCUUCCCAUACAAAGCUGGACAGGCAUGUGGAGAUUGCCCAUCAUCAUGUGAAAAUGGCCUGUGCAGUAAGUAAUGAAAUGCAACUGUUUUUCCAUCCAUCAUUCCACACAU